ACAAUUUGUUCCGUUUCCUUGUUUCCAGUCGAACACAAAAUGCCGGACGGUACUGUUGAGAGUACCGGCGGAACAAGUUUCCAUUACGGAGCCUGGAUCUUGUUCUGAAUGACCCAUACAGUUGGUUCAGGUUAAUUAACCGGCUAAAGAGGUUCUAAUGGAGCCGGAGCACAGAGCAGUGCUCCGGAAGUUCCGGGUGCAUCUAUCCGACCAGUUGCUGGUCAGCGACAGCAUCGUUCCGUUUCUUUUCCAGGAAGGGGUUCUGACGGAGGCCCAGGUGGAGCAGGUGGAGGGUCAGCUGACCAACAGACAGAAGAACCUGAAGAUGCUGGACAUCCUGCCGAACCGCGGGCCUCGGGCCUUCGGCGCCUUUCUGGAGGCUCUGCAGGACUUCAGCUGGAUCCGGGACCAGAUGCUGCUGGAGCUGCAGAACACAGCCAGUGCAGGGACACCAGGGCAGAACACACCUGGAAAUGGUUCCACAGGUGAGAACAUACCAGCGGAACACACAGGAACCGGGUCACCAGAUGUUCCUGCUGUUCCUCCCUGUCCCAAUGGAGACGACUGCCGGUUGCCGGACUCGGUCCUGCAGAACGUUCCUUCGGAUCGGGAGCUGUCCCGGCUGGCCUCAAGACUCGGCGCCGAGUGGGAGAUGGUUCUGUUAUACCUGGGCGUGUCUGCUGAAGCUCUGUACCGCUGCCGCUCCGAUCACAGCCUGAACACUCAGGCAGCGGCGCUGGCCGGCCUGGUUCUGUGGAGGCGGUCCGACGGGAGGAAGGCCACGCUGGGAAAGCUGCUCUGGAGUCUGGAGGCUGCUGGUGUCCAUCCGUCUGUCCUGGAGGACGCCGUCAUGUGCUGAGACUGAACCACAGAGUCCGGUUCUCCAGGUCCAGCCAGUCUGAGUUUAAAGGAACGUAGAGUCCUGCUGAAGUUUGGGUUGGUCCAAAAUCAGAGACUGAAAUUUAUGUCCAUAAAUUUACUAAAUAAUGAAACUAAAGACAGAACGUUUUAAUGUGCAGGAACUAAAAUUCUGGUUCCUUAAAAACCUGAAGACUUUGGGACCAAAUGUUAAGUUCUGCUGUGCUUCUAUCUGCUGAGUGAAGCUCACAGAACCUAAAAAUAUAAGUUAAUAAAAAUAUGCAUAUGCGUACAA